GCAGUCCUUAGUCUCCUGGAAACAGAAUCAGAGCUGUUUCUUGAUGUCUCUCUUCUAAAACUCCACCAUCUGUGUAACAGCAUAUGUGUUUUACAUCUAUUCAUUCAUCACAUGUAUUCAUUCACAAGUACAUAUUCAUUCAUGUACUUAUUAUAACCUGUUGACCAAUAAACCUGUUGAACUACGAAGAACAGUCCUCUUAUUUGGAAGACAGGGAUGGUUUAUGCUGGAUGUCAGACUACAUACUGUGUGAACAUGUAGGAAGACAGAACAGUAAAACAGAUGCUAGUCACCAGCGAUAGUGGAUCUGACUAUACGGAGCCGCCAUCAGCCACGCGGUCCUGCACACAUGAUUGCAGCGGUUGCCACACAGUCACAAGAAGUGAGAGUGUAACCCCCAGCAAGCACAGAUCAAGCCAAACCACACUGAAGUCUGUUCCGACCUAGACUGAGCCUACAGAGAGUCACUAAGCAGCCAGUAACAGGAACACCAUGUCCACUAGCCAAGCAUCAUCAUGCAGGACAAGGUCACAAACAAGCCACUCUAGCAAGUCCUCCAUAAAAGAAAUGGCUGCUCUCGUCCGCGCAGAAGCACAGGCUGCAAAAGUAAGGGCUUCCUUUGCUUCAAAAGAGAUGCAACUAAAGAUAUCACUGGAAAAACUUGCAGCAGCGGCAGAAAGAAGCGGCAGCCGCAAUAGCCAAAGCAGAGUGCUUAGAAGCCAUAGACUGUUCUGAAUCUGAGAAACACAGCCAAGUACUUGGACCAGACUUAGAUCAACAAGAUCCAGCACAGCGCGUCUCAGAAUAUAUCUACCAGCAUCCCAAGACAGAGGACACCUAUGAUCCAGUAUAUCAGCCAGCGUAUACCCUACCAAAGACCCUACCUUGAAUCACAUUACCUCAAGCAAGACGGUAUGCGGCAAAGUGAUCCCGACCACAACUACCGCUCUACAGGACAAAAGCUAAGACCUUCGCUUCAACUUAAAGGGACACCCUUCGCGUCAGAGUGGUAUUAUACAGACUUUCCUAAGCCAGAAACUUCCAAAAGGUAUGGUGAUACACCACACACACAGCAUAACAGCACACCGGGUAGUGUUGGCGCCAACCAUGCGGUCAUGGACUUUGCUAAGUUCUUUGCUAAACGGGAACUGGUUACAAAGCGACUUAUAAAGUUCACUGAUCGCCCCGAGAGCUACAGGUCAUGGCGAGCCUCCUUCCAGAACGCAAUACGGGACUUAGAUCUUUCCUGUAGUGAAGAGUUAGAUCUCUUGGUAAAAUGGCUUGGAAAUGAAUCUGCUGAACAUGCCAAAAGGAUCAGAGACAUUAAAAUAAACUAUCAGGGCAAAGGCCUAAAGAUGGUGUGGGAAAGACUUGAUGAAUGUUAUGGGUCAAUAGAAGCUAUAGAAAAUGCUUUAUAUAAAAGAAUUGAAACUUUUCCCAAAAUAGUGGGUAGGAGUUACCAAAAGCUCACGGAACUCAGUGACUUGUUAAUAGAGUUACAGGUUGCUCAGGCAGAAGGAUAUCUACCAGGGCUAGCAUUUCUGGACACCGCCAGAGGUGUUCAUCCGAUUGUCCAGAAACUCCCUUAUAACCUACAGGAGAAGUGGAUCACGCAUGGUUCUCAUUAUAAACAGUCUCAUAAUGUACAAUUUCCUCCCUUUAAAGUGUUUGUAGACUUUGUUGCUCAACAGGCAAGGAUCAGAAAUUAUCCCAGUUUUGAUUUUACACUGUCAUGUCCCACUGCCCCUGGUGUCAAACCUCACAAAACACCAGUGGCAGUCCACAAAACUAAUGUUGCUUCUACAGGUUCUCCUUACAGGUCGUUCAAGCCUUCUCAUGAAGGGAACAAACUGGAAGACAUUAGCAAGCAAUGCCCCUUGCACAAGAAAUCAGCUACUGAAAUGCAGAGCCUUCAGGGAGACGUCUUUAGAGGACCGCAAAGAAUUCCUCAAAGAGAACAACAUCUGCAUCAGAUGCUGCACUACAACAACGCACUUCGCCAGGAACUGUAAGGUCAGUGUGACAUGCACAGAAUGUGGGAGGACGGAACACAACACGGCUUUGCACCCUUGACCACCCUCUCAAGUAUCAACCCAAGCAGAGGAGCAUGAAAGAAAGCAGAUAGACACUGACGUAGACACUGCAAUAGUCACUUCUCAGUGUACAGAGAUAUGUAAAGGACUUACAGGAGGGAAGUCCUGCUCAAAAAUCUGCCUUGUCAGAGUUUACCCGGCCGGUUACCGUGACAAGGCGAUCAAGGUAUACGCAAUCUUGGAUGACCAAAGCAACAGGUCUCUAGCUAAAUCCACCUUCUUCAACACAUUCAACAUCGUAGGGCCUGGUUCUCCCUACUCCUUAAGAACAUGUGCAGGUACAGUCGAGACGGCGGGGAGGAAGGCAGCUGGGUACAAGGUAGAGUCCAUAGAUGGUCAGACCUGCUUGUCUCUGCCAACCAUACUGGAGUGUAAUCACAUUCCUGACAACCGAUCUGAGAUACCUACACCUGAGGUAGCAGCGCACCAUCCCCACUUGAAGCGUAUAGCUCACCUGAUACCGGAGCUGGACCCAGAAACUCCUUGGAAGAGACAUACUACAAGUUCACAAGGCUAGAGGACAGAUUAAUGGACCCCAAAACGCUCCAUACGCCCAGAGACUUGACCUAGGAUGGGUCAUCAUAGGAAACGUCUGUCUAGGAGGGGUACACAAGCCGACCUCGGUCUACAGUAUGCUCACCAAAACACUUGAAAAUGGACGUCCAUCCCUAUUCCAGCCAUGUGAGAGUAGUUUCCUGAUAAAAAAAAAUUCCACACAGCGAUCUUGUGCCUUAUCCUUACGUGGAUUCCUCCUGUGAAGAUCAUGCCUGUGAUGGUGAGCAAGAUCACCUAGGGUGCACAGUCUUCCACAGAACAAGAGAAGACAACAGGGUUGCAAUGUCCAUAGAAGACAGACUGUUCUUGGAUAUCAUGGAUCAAGGAAUAGUAAAAGACAAAUCAAACAGCUGGGUCGCACCUUUACCGUUUAGACCCCAAAGACGGCACCUACCUAACAACAAGGAACUUGUUUACAAUCGAUUUAUCUCCCUCAGACACAAAUUCCAGAGGAACCUAGAGAUGAAAGAACAUUUCUUUACCUUCAUGGAAAGAAUAUUUCAGAACAACCACGCAGAGAUGGCACCCACCCUACAAGAUUCAGAAGAGUGUUGGUACUUACCCAUAUUCGGUGUGUAUCAUCUGAAAAAAACAGGACAGAUAAGAGUAGUAUUCGACUCAAGUGCCAAGUGCGAAGGUGUCUCUGUAAACGAUGUCUUACUGUCUGGUCCAGACCUCAACAACAAGCUUUUGGAGGUACUUCUACGCUUCCGCAAAGAUUCUGUAGCAUUUAUGGCCGACAUACAACAAAUGUUCCACUGCUUCCUUGUCAAGGAAAAACACAGAAACUACCUGAGGUUUUUCUGGUACCGCAACAACAACCCCACUGAGGACAUUGUAGAAUACCAAAUGAGAGUGCACAUUUUCGGAAACAGUCCUUCCCCUGCAGUGGCUAUCUACGGUCUCAGACAUUCAGCCCGAGAGAGUGAAACAAAGUACGGGUCAGAUGUCGGGUCCUUUGUGGAAAAGGAUUUCUAUGUGGACGACUGUUUGAAAUCUACAUCCACGAAUGAGAUCGCAAUCAGUCUCCUGAAAAGAGCUCAAGAGAUGCUCGCCUUAUCUAAUUGGAGGUUGCACAAAAUUGCCUCCAACAGCCGUGAGUUAAUGGAGGCCUUCUCACCCCAAGACCACUCAAGUGGUCUAAAGGACUUGGAUCUUAGUACAGACUCCCUUCCCAUGCAGCGAAGCCUUGGUUUGCUUUGGGAUUUAAAGGCAUACACAUUUACCUUUCAAAUCAGCACAGAAGAAAAACCCUUCACACGCAGAGGAGUCCUGUCUACCAUAAACAGCUUAUAUGAUCCUCUGGGAUUCGUAGCACCUGUUACCAUCCAGGGUAAAAUGAUGCUAAGAGACUUCACCACAGAAAAAGCUGAUUGGGAUGAUUCACUUCCCAUGGAGAAAAAAGACCCGUGGACAGGUUGGAGAAAGUCUCUUGAAGGUUUGUCCAGCCUUCAGGUAGCACGACCAUAUGCUUCCGUGUCAUCAACUGAAGUCAAGAUGCAAAGACUGUAUAUUUUCUGCGAUGCUUCAGUCAAGGCGAUUGCAGCUGUAGCGUACCUAAAGACUAUAGAUGUCAUAGAACAAUGCCAUGUGGGUUUCAUUAUGAGCAGGACCAAACUGGCACCACUCCGCAAGCGCACGAUACCCAGAUUGGAACUCUGCACUGCGGUGCUUGCAGUGGAGUUGGCUGAACUUAUAACAACAGGACUACAUCUGGAAAUCGAGGAAGUCGAGUUCUACACAGACAGCAAGGUAGUCCUAGGAUACAUUUGCAACGAGAUAAGACGAUUCUAUGUCAGCAAUCGGGUACUUAGGAUCAGGAGAUCCACUUGUCCUAAACAGUGGCACUAUGUGUCCACACACCAUAAUCCUGCAGACCAUGCGACUAAAUCUGUCGCAGCAAGCCAUCUUAAAGACACAACAUGGUUUACGGGUCCUGCAUUCCUGUACCGUUCUAUGUCUUGCAACAUCAAAUCUGACUUGUUCGACUUAGUAGACCCGGAUGCGGAUGAAGAAAUCCGACCUGAAGUAUCGGUUCUACAUGCGGUGACUUCAGACCACCAACUAAAGUCUCAUCGUUUCGAAAGGUUCUCCACCUGGAUGUCACUUGUUCGUGCUAUAGCCUGUCUUGUUCAUAUAGCUCAGUCAUAUAAGUCGACAUUUCCUGUGAACCAGAAACCAUGCAAAGGUUGGCAUCACUGUAAGCACGCAUUUACUGUUCCAAAUAUGGAAAGGUCCAAAGACUUAAUAAUUCGCGCUAUACAAGGUGAAUGUUAUGCUAAAGAGAGAGACUACCUCAGCAAAGGCCAAACAGUCUCCAAGGAUAGCGCUUUGAAGAAGUUUGAUCCCAUCAUUGACAAAAAUGGGUUGCUCAGAAUAGGAGGCCGUCUCCAAGAAGCCAAAGUGGAAUUUGGGGAGAAACAUCCAGUAAUAAUUCCCAGAGAUCAUCACGUCACGACCUUGCUUUUAUGGCACAAGUGAAA